AUGUCUUCCUCGAUCGCCAGAAUCCAUAAGCGUCAUGCAUACACGAAGGAUGCUCACACUUAUUACCCGGUCCUCAUAGUAGGUGCCGGAGAGUCAGGCGUGGCCAUGGGUUGUCGUCUCAAAGAGGUCCUGGGAACAGAUCAGUUCCGGAUCUUUGACCGCCAGUCCGGUAUUGGAGGUACCUGGUGGAUCAACCGGUAUCCUGGAGCUGCUUGUGAUGUCCCCGCGUUGUUAUACUCGUUUUCGUUUGCCCAGAAGAAGAACUGGACUACACUGCAUCCGUCGGGCGCUGAGCUGGCCCAGUAUUUUGCGGAUGUCUGUGAGAAGUACGAGAUCGUGGAUAAGAUCCAAUUCAAUACCGAUGUCAAGGAACUUCGAUGGAUCGAAGAAGACGAGGAGUGGGAGGUCACACUCUCGCACCUAGUCCCUGGAACCGGCGAUUUGGCCCAGCAUGAACGAGACAGAAUUGCAGCCGAGCACGGUCAGAACAGCGUCUACGUCAAGACAGAAAUUGUACGCGCUAAGGUCGUCGUCAGUGGUGUCGGUGGUCUGGUAGAGCCUAAGACAUGGCCCAAGGACAUCCCCGGCAUUGAGGACUUCGAAGGUGAGACCAUGCAUACCGCUCGCUGGAACGACAAGAUUGAUCUGCGGGACAAGGACGUGAUCAUAGUUGGUUCCGGCUGCAGCGCCGCCCAGGUCCUGCCUGAACUGGCCAAGCCAGAAGCCAAUGUUCGAUCCAUCACUCAACUCAUGCGAACUCCUCCGUGGGUCCAGCCUGAUAUGGUUCCUCCUUCGAAACUUCCCGUGUACGAAAAAGUGUCACCUUUGUUGAUGACUUACGUGCCUGGACUGGCAUCUUUCGCGCGUAGCACGCUAUUCUUCACGUUGGAGAAAGGAUUCUACGAUAUGUUCUCGGACUCUGCGUGGGGCCGACGGUCUCGGGCGAAGUUGGAGAAACGGUACUUGGAGCACAUGCGCAGCGUUGCGCCGAAGGAAUACCACGAGAUCCUGACGCCAAACUACAGCCUGGGCUGCAAGAGACGAAUCAUCGAUGGCACUUGGUAUCGCAGUCUGCAUGCGCCUCAUGUGGAGUUGACCACUCAGCCUCUGACCCAGGUCCAUGCAAAGAGCGUGACGCUUGGUCCAGGUGCUCACUAUCCACCCGGCAAAACCGAAGGCGUGGAUAAGGUGAGGGAGAUCCCCGCUGAUGUGAUCAUCAUGGCCAACGGAUUCGAGACCAAUCAAUGGCUGCACCCCUUGAAGGUGACUGGCCGGAAUGGCAAGGACCUGGGAGAGGUCUGGGCAGAGCGUGGAGGCGCUCAGGCGUACCAGGGUAUUGCCAUGGAUUCUUUCCCCAACUUCUUCAUCGUUUUCGGUCCGAAUACAGCAACUGGACAUACCAGUGUCAUCUUCGCGACGGAGAAUGCCGUCAACUACUCGCUGCAAUUCAUCAAGCCCAUUCUCAGUGGCCAAGUCAGCACAUAUGAGGUCAAGGAAGACGCUGAGCGCAACUGGACUCGCUGGGUGCAGGAUACACUUCAGAACUCAGUGUUCCGUCGUGGAGUUUGCUCCAGUUGGUACAUCAAUGCCGAUGGUUGGAACUCGAGCACAUAUCCAACCACCCAGCUUCACUAUUGGUACCGGUGCACGUUCCCCAAGUGGGAGCAUUGGAACGUUAAGCUCACACGCAAGGGACGCAUACUGCAGGCAAUCCGGAAGACUCUGCAGGCUUGCAUUAUCUUUGGUCUGAGUGCGGCUAUCGGUUGGCUGUACAAUCAUCCUGAGCAGAAGACCCAAAUGGUGCAGGCAUUGCUCAACAUCCUGCGGGCCAUGGCUUCGGAUUCACCCCAGCUGCAGAUGUCUCCGCCGGAGACGGAUCUUCGCGACCAGUCCACUGAAGCGCCUGAUUCCAACAAGCGGAAGGCGGAACAAGGCAACGGAACGCAGGCGCGCGCAAAGCGGAAUCGCUACAUUUCCAUCGCAUGUAAUGAAUGCAAGCGGCGCAAGAUUAAGUGCAAUGGCCAGAUUCCCUGCCAACGAUGUGGUCAUUUGAAGCUAGAAUGUCGUUAUGCCCCUAAUUGCUGUAACAACAACUUCAAGGACUCAGAUGAAUUCCGAUCCUUGACAGAUCAGAUCAGCAUUUUGCAGGACCAGGUCAAUAGCUUGUUCAGCAAUCUCAAUGACCUUCGCACCAAGACUUCAACCUUCGAGUCACCACCGUUUGACCAUCUAUCCCGUGAUGGAACUCAAUCGAUCUACACUUCACUGUCCGCUGGGCCCACAAAGUCCCAAGCUCGCCCCCCACGCUUCCACGGCCCAACAAGCUCUGCUUUUAACUUUGAUGUCGCCAAAUCCAGUCUGCAAAAUAUGGGUAUCACGCCAGCGGAAGACGGGAUUUCAGACGACAUGACGACAGCACAUAUUACUCCAACAGGCUCACCAGCUCCCAAUAUGGGGCAGCUUCUUCCGAACAUACACCCCACCAAGGAUCCAAUAUGGACCAUCCGACGGGAAGAGGCACUCCGUCUUCUGAAAGUGUAUGAAGAAGAGAUCGGGAUCAUGUAUCCCUUGGUAGAUAUUGGCAGGAUUACCAACCAGGCCAAUCUGCUCUACAUGUUCAUUGAAGCUGCUACCAGGACAGGCUUCGCACAGCGAGGGCUUCCAGGCCACCACGCUGGUCGUGGAGGGGGCGGCGAAAGCGAGCUGGGGCAGCGACUUUACUUGAGUGUUAAGCCGUACAUAGAAUCGAAGUUGUGGGACUCACAUACGAUCAAAACAAUUCAACUAUUCGGUCUUGUGGCUACAUAUCAUUUCCACACAGAUGAUGAUGCUAUGGCAUAUCGGCUUAUCGGAUUGGCAGCGCGAAUGUGUCUAGAGAUGGGACUGCACCGUCGGGACGCUUUGGUAAAAUCCUUCCCCAAUGAGCAAUGGGUCGAUAUCACUCGGCUAUUCUGGUCAAUUUACAGCUUGGACCGACGGUGGAGUUUGGGAACGGGAUUACCAUUUGUGAUCCAGGACGAGGAUAUUGAUCCCAACCUACCAGAGCCUGAUGCAACACUUCCUUACUUGCGCUGCAUGAUUUUAUACAACCGGAUCAGCUCCAAGAUUUGGUACUCUGGCUUGGGCUCCGAGGGCACGACCGACAUACGUCGUGAUGAGAUUGGCUACCUGGACUAUCAGAUCUUGCAGUGGUACAAGCAGGUCCCAGAUGAGCUGAAGUUCUAUCCCGUCGAGUCUCCUAAGAGCGGUGAACCCGUAAGCAGAGGCAUGAGACGACUGAGGGUUCUCCUAUAUCUGCGAAUGAACCAGUUGCGGAUAUUGAUCUAUCGCCCAGUGCUGCAUUCAGCGGCUAGCAUUUCCGAAGAUCGAGGCCACGCUCAGACCGUUGUGGACGUCGCCAAAGACACUGUCCAGGUGCUCACUCGGCUGAACCAGAUGUCCGAUAUCUACCGGACACAGCAGAUCACAUUCAACUACUUCCUCGUUGCUGCAUUAGCCGUGCUGCUUCUAGCAGUGUCCCACGCUCCCGCUGACUUCAACCGGCAGGUGCGCGAUGAAUUCUACAUGGCCCUUGAUCUGAUCAAUGGGUUCAGUACCAAGUCUUACGUCUCCAAACGGUUAUGGAAGACAAUCAAGGGUCUUCGAAUGAUUGGAGAGAAGCUAGGAAUGCUCGCCCGUCCCUUUGGAACGGACUCUACAGAUCCUCACUCGAGUGCUGCGGUGGCAAUGGCCGGGCUCGCGGGGCAUCCAAUCCAGGACCUUUCUAUGUAUGGGCCCAUGAAUGGUGGACACGAACUCGGAAGUAGUCCUCUCAAUGGUCUCCAGAUGAGCCAUGAGUUAACGAAUCUGUUUGAGGCUGUUGGUUCUUUUGGGAAUUUCAUCCCGACGACCACUGCUGACGGUCUGAGUGGUUUCGUUGGGUCGGAUGGGGAGAUUCACAACACCGGAGAGGGUUUAUCGGGGGUGCUGGGUGACGAGGGGGAAUUUGCUCGCGUCAUUCGAGAUUUAUUUUGA